AUGAAUAAUUUAACUAUUGAAUCUGAAAUUGAGUUAAAACAAGAUCUUAAGAAACUAUCAUUAGAAGAACUUCGUAAAUUAAAAGAAAAAAUUGGAAAUGAAGUGUACCAAAAUGCUAAAACUAAAAAACCAAAAUUAGAUUUUUAUCCUAAACCGGUUAAACGAGAAAACAAAAACAGACCAUCUGAAAUAUCAUCUAAAGUGGACCCUUCUUUGAAUCUUGUCAAAAAGUAUAAACCUAAAAUUAAAACCAAAGUUGAAGAAACUAAAAGCAUUGAUCCUAGAUUUGAUUCUCUCUAUGGUGAAUUUGACAAACGUAUUUUUGAACGAAAUUACAAAUUUUUAAAUGAUGUCAAAGAAAAAGAAAAAAAAAAGCUACGGAAGAAGUUGAAACAGAAGAGUCACGAUGAAAAGAAUGAGCAAGUUAAAUUAUUAUUACAAAGAAUAGAAAAUCAAGAUAGAGAAAAACAAAAGAUGGAAGCUCAAGAAAAAUUAAAAUUGGAACAGAGACAAAAGAGAUUAGAUGCUGUUAAAGAUGGUAAAAAACCUCAAUUUUUAAAGAAACGUGAAUCGAAAAUAUUGCAAUUGGUUGGACAAUAUGAAGAUUUAAAAUCUCAAGGAAAACUCAGCAAGCAUAUUAAACAGAAGAGAAUUAGAAUUAUUGGGAAUGAAAAGAAAACAAUGUUCAACAGUUCAAUGGAAUAA